AUGCUGACAAUUAGUGAAGCUCCCUACUCUCGUACCCUCUUAUUAGAUCCCUGUAAUUCAAGCUCUUCUCCUGCUCCUCUAACAGUAUGUACUGCGGUGACUGUUACGGUCCGCGUGCUAACCGCCAUAGUAUCUGCCGCCGUUACUGCCCCUACUGCCCCUAUUGUCGAUCGCCCCGCGACCCCGGUCGCUGCCGGCGGUAGGGCCGAGGAUCCUGGGGAUAACCGUCCUCUACGGCGCCCCCUCCCUAACGAUGCGCCCCCCGCCCCCUCUCCCUCUAAGCGGGCUAAGACGGCGAAGGCUAAGGGCUCCUGCUGCUGCCGCUACCUACGUCGCCUGCGGGCCGCAGGCGAUGCGGCGGGGCGGGAGAUCGAAUGUGUUUUUAUGACCGAGACGGGUCGUCGUUCCACUAAUUACUCUUAUUACAGUAAGGGCAAGCGCGGUAGCCGCUCAGGCUGCGUGCCGCGCGAGGCGGACGCCAUCGACGCCGAGCUCCGGCUCGUCGAGACCGACGUGGCCCGUAAGUCGGCGGGUGGUCUUACUAUUGGGGGCCGUAUGCGUUCCGCCCGCGAUUCUAGUGCGGGUACUGCGGGUGCUGGCGGCGGCCAGCUUAAACUUCUGUUAGCCUACCUUAUCGACGCCGUGCGGGCCGCGGUCGACUCCUACCGGGAGGUGAAUAACUUGGAGGCUCGGGUGUGGCCCGACGAGGAUUCGGGCUCCGAUGCGGAGUGA